AUGAAUGAGACUAGCAAUAUGAACAGUGGUACUACCGGUGGCGUAUGUUCAUCGUGUCUUAAAGAAAUGCCUAUUGUUAUGGCAUCAUCAUCAAAUAAUCCCUUAUCGAAAUUAUGUUCGAAUUGUAUGACAGAAUUUGUUGAUCAACAACAUUUUACUUCUGAUAUGAACAAUAAAUUUCCUCUCUUACCUUCAUCACAAUCUUUGCUAAAUAAUCAACAACAGACUCAAUCAAUAUUUCAAACACAUUUUUCAUCAUUACCUUCAUCAUCAGCAUCAUCGACUUCAUCGUCUGUAUCGUCAACAAAUCGUCGUUUAAGUGUAUUUGAUCCAUUCGUAUCCGGUAAUCUUACUCAAAAUUCAAUACAUAAUCCAUUAACAGAUCUAAAUAAUGCAUAUUCACCAUUAAUAUCAACAAAUUUCAAAAGUGACUUUGAUUUAACAACACCAACAUCACCAGCAACAAAUACAAAUGAUUUCAUGCGAUUUUUCCCUAGUUUUCUUAAUGGAAAUAAUCAUAAUAGUGAUCGCGAUAGUCCAGCAAGUAGUACUCAAAGUAAUGAUUUAUCUCAAACAUUAUUUUCGCGUCAACAAUCAACAGCAUCAUCGUCAUCAAUAAAUCGUUUACUAUUAAAUGAUCGGCCAUCAUCGUCAUUUUGUUGUUUUGCUAACAAUCCUCCGUAUACAUAUUGUCUUGAUUGUGAAACGUCCUUAUGUGAAAAAUGUGCAUUAACACAUCCAAAAAUUCUUAGUUUUAAAGAUCAUCGGCAACAUUUAUUAAGUUCACAAUUAAAUCAAAAUCGAUCCAUUAUUGGACAACAACCUUCAUUAUCAAAUACAGUUCGUUUACCACAACAAAAUCAAAUAGAUUUUUCAUUAAAUCGUUCAAAUAAUUCCUCGAAUGAUUUAUCAUCAUUAUUUAGUUCAUUUUUCUCUCAACUUUCAUUAAAUACAUCAAAUAAUGAAAAUUUAAUGAAUAACAACAAUAAUAACAAUAAUAAUUCUUGUUUACCAUCAUCAUCAACUAUUGUUUGUCAUGAACAUUCAAACUUAAAAGCAUCAUAUUAUUGUGAUAUAUGUUCACAUGCAUAUUGCCAUGAGUGCCAAAUUCAUCAUGCUCAACAACAUACAUUAUCAUCGUUACAAGAUACGAUUGAUAAUGCUCGGCAAUUAACAAAACAAUUUCUAAUCGAAUCACAAACAUUAUUAUAUCAUUUAGAUGAAUCAUUGAAACAAUCGACACGUACAAUUGAAAAUAUCUCAAUAAAAAGUUCAACAAUUGAAAAUGAAAUACGUUCAAUGAUUAAAUAUUUUCUUGAUACACUUGCACAACGACAAGAUUUUCUUUUGAAACAUGUGGAUAAAAUACAAACCAUUAAAACGCAAACAUUACAAAAGCAAAUCAAUGAAAUUAAUCAAGUUAUUAAACAAUUACAUUUAACUAUACUUGAUUGUAAUGAAUGCUUAAAAACUGGCAACGAUGCCGAUCUUAUACGUACACGCAAUCGCCUAUGGAAUGAAAUAAUUAAAAUGAAACAAACAUUAUUAUUCUAUUUGAAACCUGUUGAAGAUGAUUAUAUACAAUUUCAAGGUUCGGCAGCGACUAUAAAUAAAUCUUUAGCAAACUACGGUCAACUAAUAACAUCAACACAUCCAGCCUUGUGUGAAUUAUAUGGUGAUUCACUUUAUAAUACAAUAAGAAAUCGUUUGAAUGUAUUAAAUUUACAAACACGUAACCAUCUUGGUGAAUUACGUACAACAGGCGGUGAUAACAUUCAAUGUUGUUUAAUCGAUACAGGUAAUAAUCAGACAGUUCCAUGUGAAAUCUAUGAUCGUCAAAAUGGACAAUAUUUUAUAACAUAUAUAGCUCAAAGUGAUAAUUUACAUAUGUUAAAUGUGUAUGUUAAUAAUGCACCGAUAAAAGAUAAUCCAUUUCGUAUCGAAAUAAAACAGAAUCGAACUUAUUCAACAUUAGGUUUAAAAUUAGAAUUUGAAAUUGGUGGUGAGGGUGAUGAAGAUGGUAAACUGUGUCGACCGUGGGGUGUUUGUUGUGAUAAUCAAUCGAACAUAGUUAUUGCUGAUCGAUCAAAUAAUCGUAUACAAAUAUUUAAUAAAUAUGGACAAUUUCUUCGAAAAUUUGGUACACAAGGAAACCGGCCGGGACAAUUCGAUCGGCCGGCUGGUGUUGCAUUCGAUAAACAAUUAAAUCGAAUUGUUGUCACCGACAAAGAUAAUCAUCGUAUACAAGUGUUUACAUCUAUUGGAGAAUAUAUAUUUAAAUUUGGUGAAAAAGGCACUAAACCCGGUCAAUUUAAUUAUCCAUGGGAUGUAGCUAUAUCAUCAACAUCACAAAUAUUAAUAUCCGAUACACGUAAUCAUCGUAUACAAUUGUUUUCAAAAGAUGGAUUAUUUUUACGUAAAUACGGUUUUGAUGGUCCUGUAUGGAAGCAAUUCGAUUCACCACGAGGAGUCGUUUUUACUCAUGCUGGACAUAUAAUUGUAUCCGACUUUAAUAAUCAUCGUCUUUUAUUCUUAUCAUCAGAUUUUCAAAAUGCAAGAUUUCUUGGCACUGAAGGUUCCGCUAACGGACAAUUUCUUCGUCCACAAGGUGUUGAUAUUGAUGCUGAAGGAAACAUAUUAGUUGCUGAUUCAAGAAAUUAUCGUGUACAAGUUUUUUCACCGCAAGGAGUUUUCAAAACAAAAUUCGGCUCACAAGGUUCUGGUCCUUUACAAAUGGAUCGACCGAGUGGAAUAUGUGUUACACCCGAAGGUGUCAUACUUGUUGUUGAUUUCGGUAACAAUCGUAUUCUUGCCUUUUAA